AUGGACGAUGAAAUCCACAUUGCUGCAGUUGAAGCUGUGACUGAGAGUUCUUCGGAUGAACCUACCCUGGCCCGUCCUGCAAGACGGAAACGUUCCCAAGCUGAGCCACGAGUGAAGAAACUGGCUGUGGAUGAUGUCGUUUCUGUCCAAAGGAUGUUGUGCAAGGCAUCGAAGUGCAAGCAGAACUGCAAGGAGCAGUUUCGAGGGAAGGGGGCGCAGCAGCAAGUAUUGCAGUUUAGAAGAGAAUGGUGUCAACUUCACAAGACGGACCAGGAUGAAGUUGUUUCUGAGUCUGCUUUUGACCGGAUCAAGUCAAUCUUGCAACCGGUGGACCAAGAGGCCGGCCAACGGACACAGUGGAAGUUUCUGUCCAAGCCUGUUUGUCUCCGAACUCGUAGAUUUAAGAAGCUUUCUGAAGCAGUGCAGAAUGGGGAUGCCAAGCCGCCUGUCGAUCUCCGGUACUUGAAGCGGGCAGAGUCUGGGGCAGACCACACCCGCGAGUGUGUCUCGGAGGUGAUAUCGUUUCUUGAAACUAUAUAUAGCUCCGUUGCGGAGAAUUUGCCUGAUGUCCGCGAUGAUACUUGGGACGAGGGGCCACCAGAAGAUCCUCAUGGCAUGAGCAUUGGCUUGGAGCCGGGAAAGGUCCCGAUUGUCGAGAGACAGGCAAAGGUCAAGAAGCACCAACGUGCCGUGAAAGUUUGUCUUGGGCGAAGUGUUGCAGAUGGCAUGGAAGAACGCUAUCUUCCAGCUGGGACCAUGAAAGAAUAUUGGAUCCAGUACAGGCACCAGAGCCAGUCUGAGCAGCAGGCAUCUUUUCCGACCUUCUGGAGGGUGUGGUCGUCGCACUUCAGUUUCAUGAAGUUCCGCAGUACAAGCUCCCACGCUCAGUGCAAUGAAUGUGUGAAGCACAAAGCCCUGAUUGCUGGCUUAGCGCACCACCUUAAAGCCCGCCGCAUUCAGCAAGAGAUGCUAUACAUGCACCUGCAAAGCCAAUUUCGUGACAGGGCAUGCUACUGGAGGAUGAGAGGUUUAGCACGAGCCAGAGGUCUUGAAAUCCUGUUCAUUCAGGACGGGAUGGACCAGUCGAAGUUCAUGGUGCCACGUGGCUCCCUUUUGCGCGCGAAAGCGUUCGAAUCCAUGAUGAGACCACGACUUCACGUUGCUGCAGUGAUAGCUCACGGCCGACAUGUGGCCUUUUAUCUGUCGGAAGCUGACCUAGCCAAGGACUCGAACACCAGCUGUGAGAUCCUUGCCCACUCUUUGCAACAAUUGGCCGUUGCUGGAGUUGAUUUGUCGGCCUGCAGGGUAACCCUGCAGGCCGACAAUACAUCACGAGAAGUGAAGAACGGGCAUUGCAUGCGGUACCUCUCAAGCCUAGUAUCUGAUGGAGUGAUCGCUUCGGGGAAAUUAUCAUUUCUCCGAAGCGGUCACUCUCAUGAAGAUGUGGAUCAGCUAUUUGGACGGGUGGCAGGUUGGAUCAAAUCGAAACUUCGCUCUGCCCAGACCUCUGACGAUUUUGUCCAAUGCCUGAAAGAGUUUUGCCAGCAGCUUGAUCGGCCAUAUGAGCCGAAGCGCUUUGUUGUGAAGCUUGAUCGCACCAGAGACUGGUGCCUCGACUUGGCACAUUUGAGCGAUCUUGCUAGUUUUGUCUACAGAAAGUGUUUUCAAAAUGGUGUCGAUUGA